AUGACCAAAUGGAGGUGGAAAACACCUCACCUUUUCACCGGUGCAUUUUUUCCUGAGGAGAUUUGUCGCGGCCUCAUCGUAUUCGCUAGUCGAUACAAACUGGAGAGUAAUGUUUGGGUUCCCAAAAGGCUGGUGAAAGGCCUGAAAGAAGGAAUCACACUGCUUCCGAACGCUAUUUUGUGCGACGUUUUGUUAAUACCGGGAUGUGCUGUUACUGACCUUGCAGCUCUUGGCCACGAUCGUAUACUGGUUAACGCCGCUCACACGACGGAUGUGGAGUUCUUCGAAGACUACAAGGGCAACAUCGCUGCGGGACUACACGGAUCCUUCCCUCUGUCAUCCGUUGGAGCUCCCUUUGGGGAAUCUCGUGUUAAAGCGUUGAAGUUGAUAGCCGGGAAAGCUUGUUUUAGGAGCCCCUACUGGGUGGGUGAGGGCUGCAGCAGCAGGCGCUUAAUCAACGCGGAGCAAACACCCUUCCAGGGGCGCUACAACCCAAGCGAUUGUGUUCUUUAUGAACCCCAUUCCCUCACAAAUCAACCGUUUCCCCGUCCUAUCUCUAUACUUAUGCGUCGAAAGGCCCUGCGCUGCGGUUAUGUUUCUCGCACAUGGGUUACCAUGGCAGAAGGCGCUUCAUUUGGCGUAAAUGUUUCAAGGGAGGGAAUGAGGGACUAUCCUCCCAUACUUACGUCGUACUUUUCCGGAAAGGGAGGUGCGCACGCCGUGGAGUACUUCUGCGCCGACCAGUUUGAGGACGCCGAUGUGUUUCCGACGAAAAAGGAAAUUGAUUUGGCAGUUGGUGGCGUAACGAUUGGCCAAAUGAAGGUCAGUGGUUUUCCGUUCCUUUCCUCCCUUGCUAGAGAGCCAGUAAGUACUGUCAGGCACCGCUGUUUAGCGGAAGAGGUAGCAAAACUUUCCCUUCCCGUGCUGUUCAGUCUGUCCCGCAUGGCUACCGUCCACUGCACCAAUCGCGAGUUUCAGAAGGCCCUUCAGCGCUUUGCGCUUCUAAGGGGGUACGCCAAUCCCUACUUUGUACUCCACACGGAUGAAGUUGGUGGUGUCGUCCGCUUGAAGCCACGGGAACAGGGCAUAACGUUCGUCACACCAGGAAUUCAUGACACUCAUUGUGGUAUGCAGAGCAGCAGUUGCUUCUUCAACGUAGAGCAGUUUGAAGACCCACUGCACCUCGAAGAGAUGAUAAUGAAGACCCCAACAAUGUUUCUUAACCAGGCUCCUGUUUUUGGAAUUUCGUGCGCUUGGGAGUGUGUACGAGCCCAGUGCGCGAAAAAGACCCUUUCACGGAUGUGGAUACCAGCAACAUUUCUAGACUAUUUAAGCGACCGAUGGACGCUGUCACCGGACGCUUUCCGCGUGGAACACAUGUACAGUGCCUCCGGCCGCCCGUUUGUCAUCUACAACAUGUCGGAUGUGAAGGUUCCUGCUGAAGCCUUGAAAUGGUGGCCAAGUUACAUACCUCAUGAUAUUUUGAAUAAACCAUACAGCGGUACCCUGAAAAGUCUCCUCGCACUGCGUGCUUGGGAGCGUCGUUAUACUUCCGCUCUGUGGGUUCCGCAAGAGCUGGUGGCUCAGCACGGGGCCACAGUGAGGUCACGUAGACGAUGCAAGGGUUACUUAAGAGGGUGCCCCUUCGAGGAUGAAAAGGGCGUCGUUUUCGGCGGAGGGCUGUUUGUAAAUAUUGAGGAGGUUGAAAAUGCCGAUUGGUUCUUCACAACGCUGCGCAGUGACAGGGUUACUGCCUGUGACAUUGGUGUUUAG